AUGUACUCUCGGAAGAUAUCGAAGAGAGGGUUACCCAUAAUAUCCUUCGUUGCAAUGAUCAUCAUAUUCUGGAUUGUCACGCCUCGAAUGCCGAAGGUGACAUGGAAUUUAUCGGAUCCACGAAUCUCAAAACACACCCCGAUGGCACCGAGCACAAUGGAGGGGAAACCGCGAGUUGAGGAUGCAUUUACUCCACCAAUUCCGUUUGCUUCACAAAAUACACCACUUGAAACAAACACGGCUGAAGAGGUAUUGGAAGUUGAGGAUGACCGUCCACCAAUUCCGCUUGCUUCACAAAAUAUAGCAAUUGAAACGAACACGGCUGAAGAGGUAUUGGAAGCUGAGGAUGACCGUCCACCGAAACCACCCGCUUCACAAGAGACUCCAAUGGGAAUGGGAGCGAAUGAAGCGACUUCGCAAGUUGAGGAUCCAGUUAGCCCUGCAGAACAAACGCAGACUUAUCAGCAAAUGGAUCUAGGAGCAGUGGCUAAGGUGUCAUUUCAACAUGGGAAGCUCAAGCCAGGAGACGAAUCUUAUACAAAGACGAUUGUGAUGCCUAGGACUGUGGAAGAGGACGUGAGCUGGCUUGAGCAAAACUUCGAGGAUGAUGAGCAUUUCAGAAAGGCGGUAUAUGUUGUGGACGAUCCAACAGCAGAGCUAUAUCCACCAAAAAACAAAGGACACGAAGUCAUGGUAUAUCUGUCAUAUAUCAUCGACCACUACAACAAUCUCUCUGAUGUCAAUAUUUUCAUGCAUUCUCAUCAGUUUGCUUGGCAUAACGACGACCUCCUCGACCACGAUGCGGUUCAAAUGAUAAGCCGUUUAUCGGCGGAGCGUGUGCAACGAGAGGGCUAUAUGAACAUGCGGUGCCAUUGGAACCCCGGUUGUCCGUCGUGGAUGAAUCCUAAAAUUGUCGAAGAAGAUAUCAACAAGCAAGAACAAGCAAUGCUCGCAAGGACAUGGUUAGAAUUGUUCCCUCUCGACAACAUACCGGAUAUACUAGCCCAGCCAUGCUGUGCACAAUUCGCGAUAUCGAGAGAGACUAUUCAAAGUCAACCGCUAGCAAGAUACGUCUUUUGCCGAGAUUGGUUAAUGAGAACUUAUCUCUCAGACUAUAUUAGCGGGAGGAUCUGGGAGUAUGUGUGGCACUACCUGUUCACAGGAAAGAGUGUUGCAUGCCCGAAAGAAAACGUCUGCUACUGUGACGGAUUUGGGGUCUGUUUUGGUGGGGAGAAUGAGUACGCCAAGUUCUUCGCUCACCGUGACGAGCGGGAAGCUCUACAGGGGCAAUUGGAAAAUUGGCGCCAAAGGACUGAAGAAUACCAGAAUGGGCCAAGUGGAACAGAGCUGGAGGAACCAGAGGUAGGGAAAGAUUUGGAGCUGGAAGGUAAAAUUAACGGCAUGUUAGCCUGGGAGACGAGGAAGGUCCAGCAGGCAAAAGAGAGGGGGGAUGUUGCCAUGAACAGGGCCAAAGAAGCUGGAAGAGAUUGGAAAGAUGGAGAUGGAUUUUGA